AAAGAAUUGGGCUUAUUAUUUGUUUAAUUUAAGGAAAGUCCGACCAAAGUGUAUAUAUAUCCUUAAAAUCCGACCACCAACCUAGUAUAGUACCAAAAUUAGGGGAAAUCAAUCGAUCCCCAAACUGAUCGAGAAACUCAAUCCAUCUUCUUGGUCGUUCGUUCGAUCGAUUGAAAUCACUCACUCUCAUCACCAUGAAAAGAACAAGGGAGUCAAUUGCCUCUUCCAUGAAAAGAACAAGGGAGUCAAUUGCCUCUUCCACGACUAGGCACAGAAGCAAACCAGCAAAAGAACUUGGAUCGUUUGCAGAUCUUUCAUCCUUAAUCAUAACCAACAUUCUGCUUCAACUCCCUAUCAAAGAUGUUUCCAUUUGUAAAUGUGUUUGCAAAACAUGGAAUGCACUGAUUUCAGAACCAUAUUUUGCCACAUUAUACUCUCAGCAUGCAUCACUUGGUUUCUUGCUUCGGACUAGGAAUUUAAGACUAGUGUCGAGAACUCUGCACCUUUUGGAGUAUCAGCCAAAAAAGUUUCGCCGUGCAUUCGACAUUGAUGUCGUCAAUUUUAAUCCUAAAUUCAAGCUUCCUCUUCGCAAUGCUAAUGACACAUAUCAGCCAACUCCUUACAAGCCAGAAGAUGACAAAUUUGGUGUGGUGAAUUCCUGCAAUGGCUUGCUUUGUUUAUCUGAGCCAUAUACUGUAAACCAUUUAGUUGUUUGCAAUCCAAUUAUAGGUGAGUUUAUAAGACUACCAGAAGCUAUCGGAAUUGCAAAUACUCGGAAACCAAUAUGUGCUGCUCUUGGCUUCCAACCUAAAACUAAUGAAUAUAAGGUGAUAAGAAUGUGGAAGAGAUGUGAUGGGUGGUGCUAUAAAUCUGAUGUUAUGGUUGUUGAAAUGCACACACUGGGAACGACAACAUGGAGGAAUGUGGAAGUUGACCCCAUGUUUUCAUUUACGAGGCUUGGAUCUCCAACUUGUGUGAAUGGGGCACUUCAUUGGAUCAAUUAUGAUGACAAGAAUAAGACACGGUCAAUAUUGUGUUUCAACUUUGAAAGUGAGAAGUUUCAAUCCUUCCCUUCUCCCCCGCAUCCUCAUCACAAAAGACUGAGCAUCACCAUGGUAGAAUUAAAGGGCUUUCUUUACAUAUGUGAAUCAACUGUGAAUUCUUGUGUAGUGUGGCUUAUGAAAAAAUACGGUAUCGGUGAAUCAUGGACUAGGGUUUUCUGCUCCGAUAAUUUCAAUGGAAUUCCCCUGUGUUUUGGUUUAUGUAGGCCAGUAAAACACUUUGAGAAUGGUGGUGGUGCCUUAUUGAUACAAAAUUCCUAUAGCUGUGAUUCCUUUAUAUACUAUGAACCAGAAACACGUGUAUUCAAAGUUUAUUCCGUUGAUGGGGCUGUAUCACCCUGGUUUGAAUUAUUCCCUCAUAGUCCAGGUCUCAUCUCAUUGAAGGAUGUUGUUAAAGGAGGCAACAUCGAGGUGCAGAAUGUCUAUUCACGGUGUGCAAAGGUUAGAGUGCCAGAAGAAAAUGAAAGUUUAUCAAAAAUAAGAAGAAUAUGAAAUGAUUUCUUUGGCUGAAGAUACAUUCAUUUGAUGUGUGAAGAAUAAUCCUCCUCGGGAAGGCAUCACUCGGAGUGUCCCCAAGAUUGUUUGAGUCAAUAGUUCAUUAUUUGUUUGUUUUGGAUUAUUUCCUGCAAAAAAGCAGAACUUGAGUUAAUUUUAGGGUCAAUGUUUGUAUGUUGUUUUGAACAUUGGCCCGUCGUUGACGCAAUAUUUAUUCAUGAUUUAUUAGAGAUGUCAUUCUAGCAACAUUGAAAACGUUGUAUGAAAUUCACCAAUAUCUAUAAAUAUAUUAUUCCCCUCUUAUAACUUUUA